AUGAGUGCACUGCCCCCGUCUUCGUUUGGUGCCGUGGUCACCACGACUACUGCUGCUGAUUUGGUGGAAACAAAGAAACAGCAACAGCAGUUGCAGCAGCAACAACAACAACAGCAGGGCCAGCAAGCUGCAGAAGCAGCAAAAGCUUCUGCCGCUGUUACUACCACCACAGCGAUGAUUGAAAUUUCUCUUUUGGAGUUUUGGGCGAAUAUGAGAGUGUGUGAUGAUUGUGACGUGGAUUUCAUGUGUUCCGAGAAGAUGUGCAAGAAGCACUCGGACCUGAAUGCUCCCGACGCUGCGCUUUCGUCCCUAGGCCUGAGCGUUUACAGUAUGUCCUCCCUCACCUCUCUAGGCGCCGCGAUCUAUGGCCAACUGGUCACUUUCGAUCAGCUUUCCCAGCUUGGCCAUCAUCACCAUCAUCAGCAACGGAAGCAGCAGCAACCGACUGGGACAAAAACAGUCAUUACUACUACCUCCUCACCACCACCACAGUCACCGCCGGCACCAGCUCUGACUUCUGUGACAGCCUCCUCCUCUGUCAAUGUGAUGUCUGCUUCGGCUUACGCGAAUCUGGACCCAUCCUACUCCCUGAAAGCCAAGCCAUCGGUAACGGUGGGACCUCAACAGCAGCCAAUGGAAGUUGAGGCGAUGGAGCUGAGUAGUUCCAGCGGAAGUCCUCUCUCCGUGACUGGAAGCAGUAUCGCGAGCGCCAACGCCAACAACACGUACAGCUAUCCGACCUUUCCCUACUGUACUGCCACUAGCGCUGCGACUACCGUCACUACCACUGCGGCUAUGGCUUCAACGGUUGCUGCGGCGGCGGUGCCUGCGCCCUCCACUGAUGCGAUUCCGUUUGGCCGGCUCUUACACCAGCAGCAACCGCCACCUCCACCACCGCAGCGGCUUUUGGUACGAAUGUCGGUGAAGCUGAUACAAACGUACGAGACCAUCAAUGAGACUAGAAGGCGUCGGGCCUAUCUCACCGCGCUGCACCCAGUGUGGCACCCAAGUUACUCCCGGACGAAAUUGCGUAGCGUCUACUUCCGCAAAAAGAGACGAAGAGAGCAAGCAUGCGAAGAGAACAUCAUGAAACGCGACCGCAAGGGAUGCCACGAAGCUGCUCCAGCUGUUGCCGCUACCAACACCAGCACCACCUUUGGGCACUGCUGCCUCUUCACGGGUUCUGGAUCGAAUUCAAGCUCCAACACGACCUCCAAUCGAUCAUGCUGUUGCCAAAUGCACCAUGGUCGUGCUGCUAAUGGAGCUGCAGCGGUUUGGAAUGCAAAUGCCGCGCCCAAUUCCUUUCAACAGCAACAGCAGCAACACUUCUACGACGUUGGCAAUCGGCAGCAGCAACAACCACAGCAACAGAAAGUGAGUUGCCAGGCCUUCCCUAUCCCUCCUCCUCCCCCUCCUGCUGCUGCAGCUCCUAAUAUCUCAGCCGCAUCUUCCAACGUUGUUGCCGCUCCACGAAGCGUUCAGGCUGCUGGUGGGAGCAGCAACAGCAGUAGCAGCAGCAGUAACCGUCUCCUCCGUCAUCAGGCUGCUAACGACUUUCUCAAGAUUGGCAGUGUGUGGCUAGAUCGGUACGAGAUCACAGAUAUCAAGGGGAAGGGCACUUUUGGACAGGUCUUCCGAGCCCACGACCGCAAAACGCACGAGGAGGUGGCCAUAAAGGUGAUCAAAAACCGUCGCCAAUUUCUCGCCCAAGCUGAGAUCGAGAUUAAACUACUGCGCGAGAUUGCGCACUUUCAGGAGAACGAACAGAGGGCCGCCGAGGUGGGCGCCAACUAUGUCGUGAACCUGAAGGGAUACUUUACGUACCAGGGCCAUUGGUGCCUGGUGUUUGAGUGCCUCUCCUACAACCUCUACGAGCUGCUCACCUACACGCACUUUCGCGGCGUCUCCCUCCACCUCACCCUCAAGUUCGCGCGCCAACUCUGCGCUGCCCUGGUCUUUCUCUCCCGUCCCGAUGUGCGUGUGAUGCACUGCGAUCUCAAGCCCGAGAACAUCCUCCUUGUCACGCCUAAACGCUCCGAUCUGAAGGUGAUCGACUUUGGCAGCUCCUGUCACGUCAAUGAGAACGUGCACCAGUACAUUCAAUCACGCUUCUAUCGCGCUCCGGAAGUCCUCCUCAACCUUGACUACGGCCUCAGCAUUGAUAUGUGGUCGCUAGGCUGCAUUCUCGUUGAAAUGCACACCGGUGAACCCCUCUUCUCCGGCUCAAAUGAGCUGGAACAGCUCCUACAGAUAGUUGAGGUGUUGGGUCUACCACCCUUGUGGAUGCUGGAGAAGAGUCCAAAGCUGGAACACUUCUUUGAACGUAUCAGCGACUUUCUCCCAGCUACCACAACCUCCACUACCGCCUCCUCCACCUCGCCCUCCACCACGAUGACGAGUGUGGUCUCCACCUCCUCCGUUUCCUCCUCCUCAUCCUCCUCUACGACCUCUUCACAGGAUCGUAUGGAUACCACCUCUAUCGCAUCCGCGGCGUCUGUUCCUGGUGGUCCAAACUCCUCAUCGAUACCACCUUCUCCCUUCUCCAAGGCUUGUGUCACUAUUAGGGGCAUCGUCUAUCGGCCGAGGCGGAUCUACACAAAGGGGAAUAUGACGAUGAAGUGCCGCUUCCAAGGUCCCCACACCCGCCCUCUGCACGAGGUGCUAGGCCGAGACACCGGUGGGCCGGCAGGUCGUCGACUAAACGAGGAGGGUCACGCGCCCGAGGACUACGACAAGUUCAUCGACCUCGUGCAGAAGAUGCUCGUCUAUGAUCCUCGGCACCGCAUAAAACCGGAUGAGGCUCUGACGCACCGCUUCUUUGAACGCAAAUCCUCCUCCUCGGCCUCUGUUAAUUCCACUUCCGCUGGUGCCGCCUCUACCGAAGGUCAUCCUGUGGCGAAUACGACGGCACCAACAACGAUAACAACAACUAGUGCCAACGUCGUUACUGUUUCAACAACAACUCCUAUGGUUGUUGUACCCAAGCGGUUUGCGGAGGAGGUUCCACCUCCGACAGCUGCUAACACAUCGGGUGGGGGAGGAAGUCCGGCCUACUUGACUUUUGCCCCGAAUCAGCCAGAUCAAUCCUCAACAACACAGCCACAGCAGCAGCUACAAUUGCAGCAGCAAGAGGAAGAAAAGAAGGGACUGGAGACGCGUCUACUGCCCUCCUCCUCUCUCAUCUCUCGCCUAUCCUGUGUACAAAGCCGCGCACCGAUCGAAGCCGUUGCCCACCUUUUUUUUUCCUUUCGCUCUUGCGGUUCGCGUCAACUCAAUCUUAGUGCCCCACCCCUGUCCCUGUCUACCCUCACUCUCUCCUACUCUAUAUAUCUGCCUCCUCCUAUCGCCUCUAUCUCUCUCUCUCUAACUGCAAAAUAUGAGCGCCAAUAA